CUGCUCCUGUCUGCAGGGGCCACACCCCUUUCUUCAUUCACAGCAACUGUGUCCUGGAUCAGUCGGCCUCCUGACCACUCCAGUUUAACUGCAUCUGCCUGCUUCCUCUGAGCCCACUGCCUGCAAGAGCUCAUACUUCCCCAGGCCGCCCAGCACUGGCCUGCUGUGCCCCACCAGGAAUUCUACCUAUGAUGGCAAAUCAAUUGUACCUUUCGCCUUUGAACUUCAGUGAACCCAGGACCAGCCAUGGGCUUCGAAACGAAGACCCCAGAGAUUCACAAUUGAGACUUGUCUUAGUGGGUAAGACUGGAGCAGGCAAAAGUGCCACAGGGAACAGCAUACUUGGAAAGAAAGCAUUUCAUUCCACCAUUGGAGCAAAAUCCGUCACCAAGGUCUGUGAGAAAGGGAGCAGCACCUGGAAUGGGAGAGAAAUUGUCGUCGUGGACACGCCUGGCAUUUUCGACACUGAGGUACGGGAUGCUGACACGCAAAGGGAGAUUGCUAAAUGUGUCCUUCUGACCUCCCCUGGGCCUCAUGCUGUGCUCCUGGUGGUCCCACUGGGCCGGUACACAAAGGAAGAACAAAAGGCUGUGGAGAAGAUGCUGUCAAUGUUUGGACCCAAAGCUAGGAGAUACAUGAUUCUCUUAUUCACCCGGAAAGAUGACUUGAAUGGCAUGGAGUUCCAUGAUUACUUAAAGGGAGCUCCAGAAGGCAUUCAGGAUCUGAUGGAGCAGUUCAAGGAUCAUCACUGUGAGUUCAACAAUAAGGCGACAGGCGCUGAGCAGGAGGCUCAGAGGGCACAGCUGCUGAACCUGGUCCAGCGCAUAGUGAGGGAGAACCAGGGAGGAUUCUACACUAACAAGAUAUACCAAAGGGCUGAGGUGGAGAUUCAGAAACAGAUCCAAGUGAUACAAGAACAAUGCAGAGUUGAGUGGGAGAGAGAAAAAAGGCAGUUAAUAGAGGAGUAUGAAGAGAAAAUCAGAAAGCUAGAAGAUGAACUGGAGCGGGAAAAGAGACAGGUAGAAAUGAAGACGACAUUUGAAGAAAAGGAGAAUUACUAUUCCUUUAGGCAACAAAAUGCUAGAAGUGAAGUUGAGAAUCAGGAAGGGAUACUUACCUUAAUCUUCAGAAUAUUCGAUAUUGCUUCCUUUGUUUUCUCAUUUCUGUUCCAGGAAGAUGAAGAUUAUUGAAAAUCUGUCUAUAUUUCCUACAUAUUUUCAGGUGCCCCUUUCCCAUGUAACUUUCCCCAAAGUAAGAGCUUUCUGUCCUCAGGCUUUCAGGACUAGGGGGUGUAGUAAAUUUCACUCUUGGCAAUUACUAGACUUUUGACUGAUUUAACAGGGGAGGGACACAUUCUCACUUUGUAAAACUCCAAAACAGAAAGUAUGGAUGCUCUCUUUCUUCAGACAUGCAGAGAAAAGGAAUGCGGGGGACUGAAGGAUGACCCUAAGCUUUCUCUAUUAUCCCUUAGAAACAUUUUCUCCUCUAGAUCCUUUUUAGAUUGGCACAUAAUGUCUGCCUGUGGCUUCUACUUCUUGUUUUUACCUUUUGGAACACAAUGAUCAUUUUACCUAUGUGGAUAGAGAAAUCAAUUCUUUUUGUUAAGUAAUCUAUAGAUGGAGAUGCUUAUGGAAUACUUUCUAGAUAAAUUUGUUGAAUUGAAUUUGUACAGAGAAAUGAAAUUAUCCCUGCCCAAUGAAGAACAAAAAUUUGUCUGGAAAACAGAUCUCUCAGAAUUCAACUAAGUGAAACAAUAGGAAGAGCAAAAGACAGAUUCAACAGCUAACAGAGCAAUGUUCAGUUAUUCAGAUGUUUCUGUAGAGAGUUUCUGACCAACUUCAAUGUAACCACUUUGCUGAAUAACUAGUUCUCUCCUUUUUUGUGUGAAACUCACUGUUGCUGGUGCACGUCCAUCACCCCACACCUUGAUUACUUACUGCCAGAUGGGUCAUCCCCACACUGCUUCCCCCAUCCACUUGAAUUGUUUGCUAUUGUUACUAUAAUAAAACUUUUAUAUUCUCUCA